GCAGCUAGGUAUAUGCUGUUACCGGUGAGGAGUAAUCCCUUGCCGUCCACGGUUUACUCUGAGCCCGUAUUUAAUUCCCUUAAACCCCCAGCUGCCGCCCUGGUUCUCAGUGAACACGACAGACUGUGAACCUGUUCUCGGUUAUUAAUAAUUCACCAGGCUCGCUGCAUCUCCGACCGCCAUCCCCGGCAGCGACGCGUCGCCCUUUGGGCCAUCAAAACACGUUUCGGGUUUUCACUAUUUGGCAAAGCACACCAGAAAGCAACCAUUACUCUGCUGAUUACGUUUUAGAAUGUGUACCACCACUGGUAAACAUUGUCUAUGAAUGUCUUCUGCUUCAAGUGGUUUUUCCAUAUACGCACCCCUUUUGUAAUUCCGACUCUGUCUACAUCCAUCACCUGCAAGCACCAGUCCUCCACUGAGCCAUUUUCCCAUGUUAAAUCUGACCGUAGACCAGCGACACAACCGAAGCAAACGACCAUCAUUUGCGUCCGCGGAGCAGAGGAUGGAGACUGAGCACGCUUGAAGUUCCCUGGGAUCCCAGUUGCAACAGCUGAUUUCAAAGCGCGUAAGCGGCAACUUCUCAACGUUUCUCUUUAGCGCGUGGCUAGACUUCAACUCUUGUCACUGGUACCGCUGACGAAACGCUGACACCGAGCGAGGACUUACCUCGCUUGGGAUUCGGUGGACGGAAGGGAUAGCUCACUGUCACACUCACUGCAACGGCACGGACACAAACGCUCUCAAAUUAGCCAUUUGUUGAGACCACACGGAUUAUCAUACACCAAAUACGAACGAAGCUUUCCUGUGGACAAUUAACAAGGAUAAACCAACAGCGGCUCUCAAUCUGUGGAAUGGUGUACACGACUAUUUAAAAAAAAGUAUCGUUAGCUCGGCUACGGGUCGUCCCGCAUUGGUCCUUCUGCUUCCGGUAUCACCGAAGAAAGCGAGCCGUUUGUGUUCCCUCGGCCACCGUUUUUUCCCCCAGCAGAACUUUUUCGUAAAAAAAAGAAAAUGGGUCUUUGAGGCGGUUGGCAAAAUUCCCCGCUCCACAAUGGCGACCGAAACCUUUCUGGUGAACGAAGACCCGUCCAGAGGCCCUGGGAUGCCUGAAUGCUUUGUAGUGUCUGACUCCUACAGGGAUGAAUUUCAUCCCUUCAUCGAGGCCCUGUUGCCGCACGUGCGCGCCUUCUCCUACACCUGGUUCAACCUGCAGGCCCGCAAGCGCAAGUACUUCAAGAAGCACGAGAAGCGCAUGAGCAAGGACGAGGAGCGCGCGGUCAAGGACGAACUCCUCUCCGAGAAGCCCGAGAUCAAGCAGAAGUGGGCGUCGCGCCUGCUGGCCAAGCUGCGCAAGGACAUCCGGCCCGAGUUCCGCGAGGACUUUGUGCUGACCAUCACGGGCAAGAAGCCGCCGUGCUGCGUGCUCUCCAACCCCGACCAGAAGGGCAAGAUCCGCCGCAUCGACUGCCUGCGCCAGGCCGACAAGGUGUGGCGGCUGGACCUGGUGAUGGUCAUCCUCUUCAAGGGCUCGCCGCUGGAGAGCACGGACGGCGAGCGGCUUGUCAAGUCGCCGCAGUGCUCCAACCACGGCCUGUGCGUGCAGCCGCACCACAUCGGCAUCUCCGUCAAGGAGCUGGACCUCUACCUGGCCUACUUCGUCCACACACCAGCAGAGUCCCAGCAAUCAGACAAUUCCAACCAGCAAGGAGACGCAGACAUCAAGCCGCCACCCAAUGGAACGUAUUUUUCACCGACUGAGGCUGACAGCAGAGUGGCGCAAACAGCCUACAGUCAAACAUUCGCAAAGGCAAAAAAAAUGCACUGUGUCGGGCAUCUGAGUUUCCAGGACUGCUUUGUGACUUCGGGAGUGUGGAACGUGGCCGAGCUGGUCCGCGUCUCUCAGACUCCAGUUGCUACGGCGACUGGGCCCAACUUCUCCCUGGCCGACCUGGAGAGCCCUGGAUACUACAACAUCAACCAGGUGGCCCUGGGACGACGAUCCAUCACCUCCACACCCUCCACCAGCUCCAACAAGCGCAAGUCCAUUGAUGACAGUGAGAUGGAGAGUCCAGUGGAUGAUGUCUUCUACUCUGGGCGUUCCCCCGCGGCGGGCAGCUCCCAGCCCAGUGGCUGGCCCAACGACGUGGAUGCAGUGCAGCACCACUUGGCGAGUAUGCAGGAGAGGAAGAUUAAGCAUGAGAACGAUGCCGUGCAGUUUCCUUACCAUGGACUCUCCUCGCCUGGUUCUCUAAAGAAGCCGGGGAAAUUCGAUUUCAGCGCCCUGUCACCCCAGACGAGGCCCCCCCGCAUGACCUUCACCCACCACCCGCUGCCCAUGCUGGCGGGCGUGAGACCAGAUGUCUAUAGAGAUGGAAGCCCCCGUGCCUCUGCCUCCUCUCUGCACUUCCCCUCUCCUUCCAUCAUCCAGCAGUCCAGCCCCUACUUCACCCAUCCCACCAUCCGCUACCACCACCACCCGGGCCAGGACCCCCUCAAGGAAUUUGUGCAGUUCGUCUGUGCUGAUGGAUCAGGGCAGGCAGGAGGCCAGCCAAACGGGAGCGGCCAGAGCAAAAUGCCGGGCUCCUUCUUGCUGCCUCCACCUCCCCCGGUGGCUCGCCCAGUGCCCCUCCCCAUGCCCGACUCUAAACCCAGCAGCACGCCCCCUGACGGCGGACUCACCACGCCCACAUCUCCGUCAUACUCCACGCCAGGCUCCACAGCUCCCAACAGGUUUGUCAUCGGAUCACGGGACAACAACUUUCUAAACAUCCCCCAGCAGACGCAGUCUUGGUUCCUCUGACAAGACCUGCCUGUUAAUAAGCGACUAGAAUUCUACUAGAAGCCUGUCAUUAUAUUUGGGAAAUUUCAAACCGACAAAAACAAACAAACAAACACAAAUUGUAAUUGUGAAAGAUAAUUAUGCCAGCAGAACAGAUCCCGCCCUCUUUACCCCCCCUCCUCUGAUCCCCUUACACCAGACACAUGCAGCAACAGCAGGCCCAGAGGGGCCAAUCGGAUCUGAUCAGGAACUUACUCGCUGCCCCCCCCACCCCGUCUGUUAUACAUGGGACUCUCCCCGCCCAAAACAACCCUACCCUCCCAACCCCCUGACAGCCUCCGAAGUCGAUCACAACAACAGCAACAACAAAAAUACAAACACAUCAAGAAACGAAAAAGAAAGGCAAGACACCCAUCUCUACUUCUGCCCCAGCCCCCUAAUUUUCGAAGAGGAACCCAAACUCAACCCACCACCACACAUGGCCACAAAUGUCUUUUCGAAAAGAAAGAAAGACACAAAACAAGCAAAAUGGAGGACAUCCUGUCAGCUCUCUGAACGACCACUUACAGUAAGAGCAGAUCAAGAACAACACAACAGACAGCAACACAGCACCCGCAGCAGGAGAGGAGAGGAAAGGAGAGGAGAGACAACACCGCUGAUAUUUCUUGCACUGUCGUACAAGGACGUAUUGUGCUCUGGCUGGGGAGAUCAACAGUUCAAUGGUGAAUUUUACGAGAGGUAAAAGGAAAAAAAAAACAUUUGGAGGAAAAAAAUGUUAAACAAAACAAUGCAUUGCAUGUUUUUUUAAAGAAAUGAAAGGGACAUGUAAAAUCUGUUUUUCCCCCCAACACACUAAUCACUGACAGUAAAGAUGAUUGCACCACACAGGAACAUUUGUGCACACACACACACACACACACACACACACACACACACACACACACACACACACACACACACACACACACACACACACACACACACACACACACACACACACACACACACACACACACACACACACACACACACACACCAGAUCUGUGUGUGUGUGUGUGUGUGUGUGUGUGUAGUCAGCAGCUCUGCCCUUUGCCAGUACUUGGGCAGGGCCUAACCAGUACUCCCAAAUGUUCCUGCUUAACCAGCAACGCAGCUGAAAUCAUACAAUCCAAUCAGAAUCAAACGCUCAACACAGACAAAGAAAUUUGCACUACAAAUUGCGAUAACACUAAUCUCUUGUGCACUAUUGAGUGUGGAAUGGUGAAGAAAGACGUUUGCACAUUAUUAUGAAGCAAGAACAGGAAAAAAAGAAAAUUGUGGACGUGAUGUCUCUUUGAACAUGUCCAUCGUUGUCGGGCCAUUUUUUUUGUACAAGGGGAGAAGAUGAUAGCCAGUGAAUGGCAUCCACACACACACACACACACACACACAAGCACGCAUGCAUGCAUGCAUGCACACGGACACACACUCACACACUCAUAUGCACGCACGCGCGCACACACACACAAUAUACAUUUGAGCUGGUGUAAAACAGCGUUUAAAACAGGGUGAUGAAAAGCGUUGCUGUGUGCCAUGACUAGAUGAAGAGAUGCUGUACAAGCCGGUGCUCAACACUGAGGCAAGGUGAUUACAAUUUUUAAAUAUCUUUUAAACAAAAGAGACGUAUCUGAAAGAUUUGAGGUAAAUCUUAAUUAUUUUUUAAUUCUAAUUGUUAAAAAAACACCCCUAGUGCCAAAUGAAUGACGUGAGUAGCAUUAGGUGUGUAGCUUGAACCAAUCCCAGUACUCGCCCCCCACCCCCACCCCCAUCACCACACACCCAUUCCAGCCUACACUCAUAGAGGGACGAAUGCCAUUCCUGAAACACACACAUACACACAGACUUGCACUCGCCAUCCAGUCACUGACACGUCUCUGCCCGGUUGCUCCUUGGUUUUACUGCGAGGUGGCACGCACAACAGGCACCAUGACCGACAUUUUAAGUGGUCACCAUCCCCGUCAGUCAAAGUCAGCCAUUUUCUCACCAGCUAAAGCCCCGCUCGAGUGGGUGUUGUUGUUUUUUUCUUUUUUGAGUUGAGUGUAGACGUGGAUCCCAGACAUUGACCCCAGCUGUAAAAAAAAAGAGCCUUGGCACAUUUAGAGAGAAGAGAGACAGAGAGAGAGAAAGAAAGAGAGAAAUUGAGAGAGUAGCAUUAUAGCAGGGCCCAACACUCCUCCUCCGGCCUUCAAAAGACCUCCCUCCCUCCUUCCUUCCCUCCACCCGUCCCGUCCGUCUGUCCUUCAGUACACCGACCGACUCCGGAGCCUGGCGGGCCAUGUUAAGUUUACCCCUUUUUUGUUGUUUACUCUCCCAGAUCGCCUCUUUGUGUGCUCCAAGAGCGGAGGCCGUACUGUGGAGCAAAAAGAUUGUGUGUGAUGUGUCCUGCCGUAGCUGGGCUCCUAGGCUCCUGGAGAGGGGAGCUGGAGGAGGUGGAGGUGGAGGAGAAGAGGGGGGCUGGAGGGAGGUGGGGGAGGAGGGUGGGGCGGAUGGAGGAGCGGGCCAAGAUACCAUCACACUACCUUGACAAACCUCCCAUUGCUUUCAGUGCAGAGGCAGCAAGGUUUGACCUGUGCAGAAUAUGCUCGCCACACACACCCGUCGCGACACUCGCUCCAACCCCCCAUUCCCCCCACCGAAAACAGAGACACUCUCCUUUUUUGUCACAUACGCACACACACACACAGCACGUGUACGCGCACACACAUGCACAUUU